CGGGCGCUGCGCGUCCCGCGCUGCCCGUGCCGCGGCGCUCAGGUGGCCGCGCUCCGCGGGGCUCUGCACUCGCCCGCCGGCUCUGACCUGCCCUGCGUUGCCCUGCCCUGCCCUGCCCGGCCCGGCCCGGCCCGGCCCGGGGCGCCCCGCCGGCAGCGGGGCCGAUGGGGACGGGCGGGAGGAUGCGCCUGAGCCGCGUCUGCUGCGUUUUCUACCAGCUGUGCGUGCUGUCAAGCGGGCUGGCCGCAGGUCUCCAUGCUUCGGAAGACUCCGAGGAGUGGGAGAUUGUCUUCCCUGCACUCUGGAGCAGGGGCCAGCAAGAGCCAGCGGGCGGCAGUGGUGGAGGGGGCGGCUGCAGCACUGACCCCAGCUGUGGAAACCGGAGCAGCACCCCCAGCGCCCCUAUCACACCCAGCCCAGUGGCAGGCAGCUCUCGGGAAGUGCGCUCCGUCUCCUCCUCGGUGGAGGGGCAGGGGCAGGCUGCAGGGGAGGCAGCAGAAGAAGAGGACACCGAGGAUGAGUAUGAGUCUCAGGAGUUUUACCACUGGUCCCCCCUGCCCCAGGGGUCCGGUGCCGCCUCUCAGUUGCCACCAGCACCGUCCCCCCCGCCACCACCUCCAGCCGAGGAUGGAGAUGAAGUGCUGCUGAGGAUCCCGGCCUUUGCUCGGGAGCUCUACCUGCUGCUCAAGAGGGACAGCCGCUUCCUGGCUCCUGGCUUUGCUGUGGAGGAACGGCUUGGGGGAGAUGGCAAAAGCCCACCUGGUGCUGCACAACUGCAGCCUGAGAGAGCUUGUUACUACAGCGGUGCUGUUCUUCGCUACCCAGGCUCCUUCGCUUCCUUCAGCACCUGUGGUGGAUUGAUGGGGUUUAUACAGAUUAAUGAGGACUUCAUAUUUAUUGAGCCACUCAAUCGCACUUUGGCUGUGACAGGUCAUGCACACAGGGUGUACAGACGAAAAAGGUCCAUAGAGGAGAAAAUAACUGAAAAGCCAGCUUCUCAGAAUCAGUACUGUGGUGUUGUUACAGAUAAAAGAAAAUCCAAGAAUCAGAAAGUGUCAGAAAGUGGAAGAGGAAAACGAUACUCUUACAAAUUACCUCAGGAGUACAACAUAGAAACUGUUGUGGUGGCAGAUCCAGCUAUGGUUUCGUAUCAUGGAACAGAUGCUGCCAGAAGGUUUAUUCUAACCAUCUUAAACAUGGUUUUUAACCUUUUCCAGCACAAGAGUCUUGGACUGCAAGUGAAUCUUCGGGUUACUAAGCUUGUCCUCCUUCAUGAAACUCCAGCAGAUAUGUAUAUUGGGCAUCACGGAGAAAAAAUGCUAGAAAGUUUUUGUAAAUGGCAACAUGAAGAGUUUGGCAAGAAGAAUGAUAUACACUUAGAGAUGUCAACAAGCUGGGGAGAAGACAUGUCUUCAGUCGAUGCAGCUAUACUUAUCACAAGGAAGGAUUUCUGUGUACAUAAAGACGAACCAUGUGAUACUGUUGGUAUAGCAUAUCUGAGUGGAAUGUGCAGUGAAAAACGAAAAUGUAUAAUUGCAGAAGACAAUGGUCUGAAUCUCGCUUUUACCAUUGCCCAUGAGAUGGGUCACAACAUGGGAAUAAACCACGACAAUGACCACCCAUCCUGUGCAGAUGGUCUCCAUAUCAUGUCUGGAGAGUGGAUUAAAGGACAGAAUCUUGGUGAUGUUUCAUGGUCCCGGUGCAGCAGGGAAGAUCUGGAAAGAUUUCUCAGGUCAAAGGCCAGUAACUGUCUGCUACAGACGAAUCCUCAGAGCCUCAAUUCUGUGAUUAUUCCCUCCAAGCUCCCAGGAAUGACAUACACUGCAGAUGAACAGUGCCAGAUUCUUUUUGGACCAACUGCUUCUUUUUGCCAAGAAAUGCAGGGGAAUCAAUCUGUACAUUCAGGCCUUGAACCAUAUCCAAGUGGCCUCUCUUCAUAUCCACCCAGUUUCCAGCAUGUCAUAUGCACUGGGUUGUGGUGUAAGGUGGAAAGUGAGAAGGAAUGCAAAACUAAACUGGAUCCACCCAUGGAUGGAACAGACUGUGACACUGGAAAGUGGUGUAAGGCUGGAGAAUGCAUCAAUCGGACUUCUUUUAUGGAGCAUAUGGAGGGGGAGUGGAGCACGUGGAGCACUUGCAGCCGUACUUGCAACACUGGAAUCAGCAGUCGACAACGCAAAUGUCCUGGUCUAGGUGUUGAAGGAGAGUGUCAUGGUCCUAUGAUGCAGUAUAGAAUAUGUGAAAAUCCUUCUUGUCCUGCUGGUGUGCCUGCCUUCAGAGACUGGCAGUGCCAGGCUUUCAGUGUCAGAUCUUCAUACCAGAAGCAUGUGCACCAGUGGCAGGCUGUGAUCGAUGAUGAAAAACCCUGUGCCUUAUUCUGUUCACCGGCUGGAAAAGAUCAGCCCAUUCUUCUAACAGAAAAGGUGAUGGAUGGGACUUCUUGUGGCCAGCACGGGUUAGAUAUCUGUGCAGAUGGUAAAUGCCAGAAAUUUGGCUGUGAUGGUAUAUUAGGAUCUCUGGCUCGUGAAGAUCAUUGUGGUGUGUGCAAUGGUAAUGGAAAGUCAUGCAAAGUUAUUAAAGGCGAUUUUAACCAUACCAGAGGAGCUGGUUAUGUGGAAGCUUUGGUGAUACCCGCAGGAGCAAGAAGAAUCAAAGUUGUGGAAGAAAAACCAGCUCACAGUUAUUUAGCUCUUCGAGAUGCUGGUAAACAGUCAAUUAAUAGUGACUGGAAGAUAGAGCAUUCAGGAACUUUCAAUAUUGCUGGGACCACCGUCCAUUACGUUCGGAGAGGUCUCUGGGAGAAGAUAUCUGCCAAAGGUCCCACAACAUCACCUUUACAUUUACUGGUGCUGCUAUUCCAUGACCAGAGCUAUGGUCUACACUAUGAGUAUACAAUCCCAUUGGAUCCUCCUCCUGAGAAUCAAAGCUCUAAAGUACCAGAGCCUCUUUUCAUGUGGACUCAUUCUGGCUGGGAGGACUGUGAUGCUGUAUGUGGAGGAGGUGAAAGAAAAACAACAGUUUCCUGCACAAAGAUUAUGAACAAGAAUAUCAGUCUUGUGGACAACAAGAAGUGCAAAUAUUUAACAAAACCUGAACCACAGAUCCGAAAGUGUAAUGAGCAGCCAUGCCAGACCAGAUGGAUGAUGACUGAAUGGACUCCAUGUUCAAGGACAUGUGGAAAAGGGACCCAGAACAGACAAGUAGCCUGCACACAGCAGCUAAGAAAUGGGACCCUGAUCAGAGCAAGGGAGAGGGAUUGCCUGGGGCCAAAGCCUGCGUCUGCACAGCGCUGUGAAGGCCAAGACUGCAUGACUGUGUGGGAGGCAGGAGUCUGGUCUGAGUGCUCUGUAAAGUGUGGUAAGGGAGUACGACAUCGGACUGUGAGGUGCACCAAUCCCCGCAAGAAAUGUGUUUUGUCCACAAGACCUAAAGAAGCAGAGGACUGUGAAGACUAUUCCAAAUGCUACAUCUGGAGAAUGGGAGACUGGUCUAAGUGCUCCGUUACCUGUGGCAAAGGAAUGCAGUCCCGAGUCAUCCAGUGUAUGCACAAGAUCACAGGAAGGCAUGGCAAUGAAUGUUUUUCCUCAGAAAAGCCUGCAGCCUACAGACCCUGUCAUCUCCAUCCCUGCAAUGAGAAAAUUAAUGUUAACACAAUAACAUCACCCAGGUUAGCUGCUUUAACGUUCAAGUGCCUGGGAGACCAGUGGCCUGUGUACUGCAGGGUUAUACGAGAAAAGAACCUGUGUCAAGACAUGAGGUGGUACCAGCGUUGCUGUGAGACAUGCAGGGACUUCUAUGCGCAAAAGAUGCAACAAAAGAGUUGAUCUCCGUCAGGCUGGCUGGCUCUCAGCUCUUUGAGAUGUUAUUAUUUAUAAACACACACAGAUGUACACACACACAAGCGCGUACACGUACACACACAUGCACGCUUCUUCAGACCAAAUAUUAUCAGAUUACGUAUAAUUUAAUCAAAUUAAUUUAUUUUUGCCUGCCAGACAUUCUUAAUUGUUUUGGUUAGACAGCCAACUUGUUUUAUCAUCUGAGGUUUGCAUAAUUAAUUUUUAUAUGAACAAUUUUGGAUACAUUUAUUAGAAUUUUUUAAAGAACAGUAACUAGUAUUUUAAAUGUUUAUUUUCAGUAGGGUCAUCUCUCUGUUGCCAAAAAAAAAAAAAAAAAAAAAAAAAAAUAAAACCAUGUUAUCUUGAAUUUAUUUUAAUUUAGCUGAAUAGUUUUGUUGUAUAUGGAAAUAAAGCCUUUUUUAAUUUUAUUAUAUUUUUGGCAUUCAGAGUCAGAAUGAUCUUGUGUAUUUUGCAACAGAUGUUGAGGUGAGUAAGCUAACAUUAUUGAACAGGUUAUUACAGAAUGUAUUGUGAAAUCAGUUCAUAUGAUUUAGAAACAUACUGUUGGGGAUAAUCUACUGUAACUUAUAACCUAUUAUAAACAAGAAAAUUAAAAUAGCUAAGUAGGGAUUUUGAUCAUUCUCAUGGACACAUACUUGAACACAAGUAUUAAAUCAAUGAAACACUGUAGAGAUUUACACUGAAUCACUGUUGCACUGUUUGAGGUAGUGUAGAGAAAUGCAGUCCUAGAUUUUGUACCAUCCUAUGAAUCCACGUCUGUACUGUUUAGCAUGUCACUUGAUUUUAAACGUUUUGAAAGAAAAAACCCAUGCCCCUCUAUACCUUUGUGUGUCCUCUUGCAGAUUUAGCAAAGGAAGAGUCCUUCCUCCUGCCACUUUUAUGAAUUAAUCUGUCAAACACUUUCAGUUCUUUGUCAAUGAUUUAGAAAAUAGCUUUGUAAUACUACUUUAGUUUUAUCUUUGCUUUAUGAAAAAGUCUUUAUAAAAAUAAAAUGUUUUACAGUUUUGUGAAACGUUAUGAAACAGCUAAAAUUUUCCUUAUGAGAAAAUAUUGUACAUGAUUCACAUGAUUUUUACAUUUUCAAUAAAAACUAAUGCUUCUUUUGUUAUUUGCAU